AGACAGAGGGCAGGGAUUGUCUAGACAGAUGGCUGUGGUCCUUGUCUAGACAGAGGGCGGGGAAGCUUCCUCAUAGCAAGGGAAGGCCAGGCCUUUUGGCUCCUCUUGCUUAUUUUGUGAGCUCCUGUGUAGCUGAGUGAGGGCCAGUCAGGCGUGGAGACACAGCCUCCCUCCUGUUUUGCCCGGACAGUGCCCCGGACUGGAACAUUCAGCAGCCUGUCUUUGGUUUAAAGGUCCUCAUUUACUUUUCAUCUGUGUCACAUGUGAGUUGUCUGCACCACCAACAAGCCUGUGAGGGAUUGUGUGCCCAAAUGGCGGGUCAGGAAAGAGGCUCAGAGCCUCCCCGGGUAGAUGAGGGAGGAGCCGCGUGCACCCGCGCCCCACAGAGGCCUCGGGCCGCCCCACCUCUGCAGCAGGGCCCCGGGCGAGGGCUGUUUGCUGACAGUGUUUGGCGUGUCGGGGAACCUGCUGCCAUUCCUCACAAACACAACGAACUGACACGAGUUGGCUGCUUGAGACCCGUCUGCUUUUCACCCCAGCCCUCGUACUGGUGCGGGCACCCACGGACAGUUUUGGGGAAAGAAGAGGAAGAUGAUGAUCCAGAGAAAGUGCUCAGAACCGAGUACUUUGAGGCUGAGCCAGAGGACCUGGUGGCCGGGAUCAAGAUCAAGCAUGUGACCAAGGUGUUCAGAGUGGGGAACAAGGGCAAAGCAGCCGUCAGAGACCUGAAUCUGAACCUGUACGAGGGGCAGAUCACGGUGCUGCUGGGCCACAACGGCGCGGGGAAGACCACCACCCUCUCCAUGCUCACAGGUCUCUUUCCCCCAACCAGCGGCCGGGCGUAUAUCAACGGGUACGAGAUUUCACAGGACAUGGUUCAGAUCCGCAAGAGCUUGGGCCUGUGCCCGCAGCACGACAUCCUGUUUGACAACCUGACCGUCGCAGAACACCUGUACUUCUACGCACAGCUGAAGGGCCUGUCCCGCCUCAAGUGCCCCGAAGAGGUCCAGCGGAUGCUGCACGCCCUCAGCCUGGAGGACAAGCGGGACUCCCUGAGCAGGUGCCUGAGCGGGGGCCUGAGGCGCAAGCUGUCCAUCGGCAUCGCCCUCAUCGCGGGCUCCAAGGUGCUGAUGCUGGACGAGCCCACCUCGGGCAUGGACGCCGUCUCCAGGAGGGCCAUCUGGGACCUGCUGCAGCAGCACAAGAGCCAGCGCACCGUGCUGCUCACCACGCACUUCAUGGACGAGGCCGACCUGCUGGGGAACCGCGUGGCCAUCAUGGCCAAGGGGGAGCUUCAGUGCUGCGGGUCCUCGCUGUUCCUCAAGCAGAAGUACGGUGCGGGAUACCACAUGACGUUGGUGAAGGAGCCCCACUGUGACCCCGAGGCCAUCUCCCGGCUGGUGCGCCACCACGUCCCCAGCGCCACGCUGGAGAGCAGAGCCGGUGCAGAGCUGUCCUUCAUCCUGCCCAAGGAGAGCACCCACAGGUUCGAAAGUCUGUUUGCCAAACUGGAGAAGCAGCAGAAGGAGCUGGGGAUCGCCAGCUUCGGGGCCUCGGUCACCACCAUGGAGGAGGUCUUCCUCCGUGUGGGCAAACUGGUGGACACCAGCAUGGACAUCCAGGCCAUCCAGCUCCCUGCCCUGCAAUACCAGCACGAGAGGCGGGCGAGCGACUGGGCAGUGGACAGCCACCUGUGCGGGGCCAUGGACCCGACCGACGGCAUUGGCUCCCUGAUCGAGGACGAGUGCACCACUGCCAAGCUCAACACUGGGCUCGCCCUCCACUGCCAGCAGUUCUGGGCCAUGUUCCUGAAGAAGGCCGUGUACAGCUUGCGCGAGUGGAAGAUGGUGGUGGCCCAGGUCCUGGUCCCUCUGACGUGCGUCACCCUGGCCCUCCUGGCCGUCAACUACUCCUCGGAGACCUUUGAUGACCCCAUGCUGGAGCUGACCCUGGGCGCGUACGGCAGAACUGUCGUGCCCUUUGCUGUCCCCGGGGCUUCCCGGCUGGACCAGCAGCUGUCGGAGCAGCUGAAGGCCAUGCUGCAGGCCGAGGGCCAGGAGCCGCGGGAGGUGCUGGGUGACCUGGAGGAGUUCCUGGUUUUCAGGGCUUCGGUGGAGGGAGGUGGCUUCAACGAGCGGUGCCUGGUGGCCGUGUCCUUCAGAGACGUCGGCGAGCGGACGGUCGUCACUGCCCUGUUCAACAACCAGGCGUACCACUCCCCAGCCACCGCACUGGCUGUCGUCGACAACCUUCUGUUCAAGCUGCUGUGCGGCCCCCGGGCCUCCAUCGUGGUCUCCAACUACCCCCAGCCCCGGAGCGCCCUGCAGGCCGCCAAGGACCAGUUCAACGAGAGCCGGAAGGGAUUUGACAUUGCCCUCAACUUGCUCUUCGCCAUGGCGUUCCUGGCCAGCACGUUCUCCAUCCUGGCGGUCAGCGAGAGGGCUGUCCAGGCCAAGCACGUCCAGUUUGUGAGCGGUGUCCACGUGGCUACUUUCUGGCUCUCCGCUCUGCUGUGGGACCUCAUGUCCUUCCUCGUCCCCAGUCUGCUGCUGCUGGUGGUGUUCAAGGCCUUUGACGUGCACGCCUUCACGCACGACGGCCACAUGGCCGACGCCCUCCUGCUGCUCAUGCUCUACGGCUGGGCCAUCAUCCCCCUCAUGUACCUGAUGAACUUCUUCUUCUCGGGAGCGGCCGCUGCCUACACGAGGCUGACCAUAUUCAACAUCCUGUCGGGCAUAGCCACCUUCCUCGUGGUCACCAUCAUGCGCAUCCCAGCGGUGAAGUUAGAAGAGCUUUCCAGAACCCUGGACCACGUGUUCCUGGUGCUGCCCAACCACUGUCUGGGGAUGGCCGUCAGCAGCUUCCACGAGAACUUCGAGAUGAGGCGAUACUGCACCUCAUCGGAGGUCGCGGCACACUACUGCCGGAAAUACAACAUCCGGUACCAGCAGAACUUCUACGCGUGGAGCGCCCCGGGGGUCGGCAGGUUCGUGACCUCCAUGGCUGCUUCCGGGUUUGCCUACCUCAGCCUGCUCUUUCUCGUUGAGACUGACACGCUGUGGAGGCUGAAGACCUGCCUCUGUGCCUUCCGGAGGAGGCGGGCGCUGACGGAAGCGUACUCUCGGACAUCAGCACUCCCCGAGGACCAGGAUGUGGUGGACGAGAGGAACCGGGUCCUGGCCCCCAGCCUGGAGUCCCUGCUGGACACUCCUCUGGUUAUCAAGGAGCUUUCCAAGGUAUACGAGCAGCGGACGCCCCUGCUUGCCGUGGACAAGAUCUCCCUCGCGGUCCAGAAAGGAGAGUGCUUUGGCUUGCUGGGUUUCAACGGAGCUGGGAAAACCACGACCUUCAAAAUGCUGACCGGGGAGGAGACCAUCACUUCUGGGGACGCCUUUGUCGGGGGCUACAGCAUCAGCUCGGAAAUCGGGAAGGUACGGCAGCGAAUCGGCUACUGCCCCCAGUUCGACGCUCUGCUGGACCACAUGACGGGCCGGGAGACGCUGGUCAUGUACGCCCGGCUCCGGGGCAUCCCCGAGCGCCACAUAGGCGCCUGCGUGGAGAACACGCUUCGGGGCCUGCUUCUGGAGCCUCAUGCCAACAAGCUGGUCAGGACGUACAGUGGUGGCAACAAGCGAAAGCUGAGCACCGGCGUUGCUCUGCUCGGAGAGCCUUCCGUCAUCUUCCUGGACGAGCCGUCCACCGGCAUGGACCCCGUGGCCCGGCGCCUGCUCUGGGACACCGUGGCACGGGCCCGCGAGUCGGGCAAGGCCAUCGUCAUCACCUCCCAUAGCAUGGAAGAAUGUGAGGCCUUGUGCACCCGGCUGGCCAUCAUGGUGCAGGGCCAGUUCAAGUGCCUGGGCAGCCCACAGCACCUCAAGAGCAAGUUUGGCAGCGGCUACUCCCUGCGGGCCAAGGUCCGGAGCGAAGGGCGGCAGGAGGCCCUGGAGGAGUUCAAGGCGUUUGUGAACCUGACCUUCCCAGGCAGCGUCCUGGAGGAUGAGCACCAAGGGAUGGUCCAUUACCACCUGCCCGGGGAGGACCUCAGCUGGGCCAAGGUGUUUGGUGUCCUGGAGAAGGCCAAGGAGAAGUAUGCGGUGGACGACUACUCCGUGAGCCAGAUCUCCCUGGAGCAAGUGUUCCUGAGCUUCGCGCACCUGCAGCCGCCCGCUGAGGACGAGGGGCCCUGAGGAGCCGGCAGGGGCGGGGCAGGCGGGCGCCCAGGCAGGCGUCCCCUCCCUCCCGGUUCAUCUUACCCUGCACCUUUAUUUCUAAUCGCUAUUUUCUGUAACGGACACGAGAAUCGAGGCACAGUAGGGACCGGGCCUUGGCGCCGUCACGCUGCGAACCGGCACGCAAACGUCCAUGUCCGAGGCAGGCGCCGAAGCCCCUCUCUGGAACUCGGGGCCCGGCCAGGAGCGGUCCAGCAGCCCGCGCGGGCACGCCUGGGGGUCUCUGGGCAGAGAGCCGCUCAGGAAGGGGCUGAAUUAGCUGAAGUGCUCGCGACGAGAGCACGCGGGAUGCCCCCACGGUCGCACACGGCACGGAGCCUCCCCGGGGGUGAAACGGGAAGUCUGCCGGGCAGCGGGCAGCAGGGCUCGCCAGGUUGCCCAGAGCGGAGGGAAAGCCGCCCGUGGCCGUCCACGACGGAGGUGCUGGCUGUGAUGAGGCACCGCGGCCUUGGCUCUGGGGGGGUCCUGGGAGUCACUGCGCCACACAGCCCGGGUGCCGCGCCCGGCCGGCCGGCCCCCUCCCACCGGCGUCUUCCAGAGUCAGCUGGGGCCGGGGGAGAAGGCGGUCCCUCGUCCCGAGACGGGCUUCCUGAGAAGCCGCCCGCCGGAGGCCGGCCGGGGCCCGGGGCGGGACCGAGUGACUGUCUGUGGAGGGAUGCACCUACCGCGUGGUGACUGCGGAAAAUAAAGUCUGGGAGGGAACAUGGCCACGUCUCUGAGUCACACGAGAUGGGGGUCACGGGCCCGGUCACUGGCCUGCAGGCCUAGCACGGGCCUCCCACAUCAGGUUUCACACGGACAAAAAAAGCAAGAGCUUGUUUCUGCCAGGUACGUGGUAACUUCCAGAACUCACCACCAGGAGCUGGAGGAAUAAGCCAGACCUGCCGGUGCCGAAGCAGGUUAAAUGGGCACCUGACAGACCCUUGGUCUACACGAGGAAGCGCGAGUGCAGCGGGGCAGAGGGGGAAGCUGGGGGGGGCGGGGGCGGGCGGGGCUCUGACUCGAGGGCCCCUUGUGGGUUUUAGGCCAUUUUCAAGAAGAUUCUUCCUCCACAUCAGCUCCCUUUUUAUUUAUACUCUUAUUUCUUGACGGUUUUCUAAAUGUCCUUUUGACCGCCCCCCCCCCCCCCCCCCCCCCCCCAGAAUUCAGUUUUAGGGAAGGCCUGUCUCAUCACCGUGGCUCCUUCAGGAGUUUCCCGUUUGCAUUUUUACUGGCCUCUGGAGGUCUGUGAAUGCUGCCCGUGGCCUCCAGCUCUUCUGUUCCCCCUGGAAUUCUUUACACCAUCAGCAUUUAGUUCCACAUUAUAAAAAAUAAAUUCGGGGGUCGGUGUGGUCUAAGAUGAGCCCCACAGAAGGCGUGUUCU